UUAAAACAGUCUACUUGAACUGUUAGAAACAUGCUAUUAAAGUCGACGAUUUUUCUAUUUUUCCUGGAUAUUGUGCAUGCUCAGAUUGGAGCUCAAUGCCAAUCCAGAACAGUAAAUGUUACUUCAAUACAAGGUACAAUACCAUAUCCAUCUGUGAAUUUAGUGAAAAUUGACCAAUGGGAGUCUUGCUAUUACAACUUCAUUAUCCCAUUGGGCUACGCUUUGCAAUUUCAAAUUUCAUACACAAUGGACAAAGGGGAUGUUUUAACAAUAACAAACAGUCUAGGAGUUACUGUGGGAUUCACAAACUUUACGGGUGUUCAAAAAGACGUGUACUGGUGCACAGCGGGAGAUUCCACUCUCAGAGUAACUUCCUUUUCCGGAAAUCUUGCAUUUCUGAUUUCAUACCAGUUUUACUCAUUGAAGUCAUAUUUCCCUCUCAUGAGGUACAGUGGAGACUACUUCCAGGUUUCUCAAAUUCCUCCGGCUCAAUACUUGAUCUUUUAUGGAUCCAAGCUUGCCUUGACUCUGGCUGCUAACACUGCUGCGGAAUCACUCAAAAAUCUCGAUCGGUAUAUGCUUUAUAUUGGAACUGAUGUGAUGCAGUAUCCAGCAAGUGGAACUCUUGCAGAUUUGAUAAAUGGGACACAGUUUUACGAUAAUGGAAGGAUGUAUUAUGCAAAUUGGAUAACAAUUGUGAAUUUUUAUGAUGACUUUAAAUCUGAUGCCUAUAUCAUUGCAAACGAUGGGCCUGAAAUUACAAGCAGUUAUCAAUUUUUCAUAACUCCACCAAACAAUUUUACAUCUAAAGUUUUGUUUGAUGUAACCGAUGGUGGAGGAGCAGUGACAUUUGCGUGUCCAGAUUGUACCAAUUUUUAUAUUAAUCAGCUAGUUUUUGACACAAUGCUAACAUCACCGAAUGGAUAUAUUGCUUUUCAAGGGAAUACUCCUUCUCAGAUUUAUAUGGCAAAGGUCAUCAAUUAUAACGCAACUUCUUUCAAUCCAAAUCAGCUACCUCAAAUUAUACCAACUAACAAAUUCACUUUGCUGAUGUAUAAAUCUUUAUUCACUAUUGAGCUAUACAGUGGUGAUGAAUAUUCUGCAUGGAAACAACCAAGAGUAGGACGUACUGGACUAAUUUCGUCGGUGUCAUUAUGGGAGACUGUAUGGGAUUCGGCGACUUUCCAAUAUGAAAUUCGAGACGAUAGUCAAUUGUACAAUUUCAAUGUGAAUAUAGAUAAUAUGAAUUUCACUGGAGUUAACUUCCUUAAUUUGUGCAUUGGUUCGGGACCAGGGUACAAUAAUCAAGUGAAUUUGACAUACCCACCAGCAUUGAACAGUAGUGUGACAUCGAUUGGAAACUAUUUGACAACUUCUGCAAAUUUUACAAUGAGGGGUUACAUCACACUUUACUAUGAAAUUACUGCGGCAUCUGGAACAACUACGCAACCUAUUUUGAGCACCAUGACUAGCUCUACAACAAAAACUUUAACAAGCACUACAACCAUCACUACAACAAAAGCUAAUAUCUUGACCACGACAGCUACAACUACGACACCGCCCGUAACUUCUGCUCCAGCCACAACCUUUAUUACGCCUGUACCAUUCACACCACCAGUCACGAACUCUACAACAAUUUAUUCCUCUAACACUGGAUCAACGUUGUCCACUACUAUAGGCCUACCCAUCACUCAAGUAUCCGUUCAGACAACAACUCAGACUGCCCCCUUGAAAGUAGUUUUAUUGAAUGUAUUGUCAUUUGUCCUGAUAGCUGAGCUGUUUAAGAAUUUGUUGUAGUGAAGAAGAUUUACUAAGUUUUUAAAUUGAUCAGAUUAAUAUGUCGAACAAAUGCUUUUCAAUAAAUCACAUUAAACC